AAAAGGAAAAAAAGAAAAGAAAAAAACACGUUUAUACCAAAGCCCCAGAAGAUCGAGAUGACAGGUUCAGGUUCUCCCUGUGGAGCCUGCAAGUUCUUGAGAAGAAAAUGUGUGAGAGGCUGUGUUUUUGCACCUUACUUCUGCCAUGAACAGGGUGCUACUCAUUUUGCAGCCAUUCAUAAGGUUUUUGGUGCAAGCAAUGUCUCCAAACUCCUUUCUCACCUCCCAGUUAGCGAUCGUUGCGAGGCUGCGGUCACGAUCUCAUACGAGGCUCAAGCUCGGCUUCAAGAUCCCAUUUAUGGCUGUGUUUCACAUAUUUUUGCCCUUCAACAGCAGGUUGUCAAUCUACAGGCGCAGCUAGCUUCUCUCAAGGAGCAAGCAGCCCAAAGCUUCGUCAAUAGUCCUGCUGCUGCAAACCCUAACGAGAGAUUAUGUGGAAAACCUCCUUCUUACCCCCAAGAUGUGCAAAGUUGGUUUCAGCUGGAAAAUAUGAACACCAUACCGCAAUUCAAUCCAAACUUCUGCACCUCCCAAAUGAUGCAAUAUUGCGAGAAUGGGUUCUUGGAUCCAAACUCCAUGGGGAAUUACGAAAAUUCAAUCAUGGCAGAACAAAAUGUCCCAUUUGCUAGCUUCAAAGAGAUUUCUACUCCCACGGUUUCUCUCGAUGCACAAAUGAAAAACGAAAAAUGGGCAUACCAAGACGAUACUGAUGACCUUCAGUCUGUGGCGUUUGGCUACGCUCGGCAUUAAUUCGUGGGAAAAUAUUCAAAUCAUGGCCAUGAAUGCGCACAACCCAUGAAGAUGAAUUUUAUCAAUUUUGAAUUGCUCUUGCACGCAUUUGAACAUGCAGUUUUUUCUAGCAUAAAUAAGCCAUAAACCGUAGAAAUGUUCAUAGCAGCCACCUCAGAAACCUUAUGUUGGUCUUAAUCAUUGCAAUCUUAAAUAUUAUGUAACCAGUUGCAAUGAGUAGAAUAACAGUGUAAUUAUCUGACUAAACUCUUGAGAAUAUAUCUUGUUCUGUUUGAGCUUAA